AUGGACUUUUGCGGUCCUUUUAAAUGCAAAUCUCGUGAAAAUCAGUAUGUACUUGUGCUAACAGAUCAUUUCACAAGACAUGUAACCGCAUUAGCUCUUCCCGAUUGUACGGCACAGACAACAGCGUCAACAUUAUUCAAUGUUUAUUUCUAUAAAUUUGGAAUACCUUCGGUAAUCCUGAGUGAUCAAGGUCCACAUUUCCAAAAUAUGUUGAUGCAAAACAUAUCAAAAUUAAUUGGAUAUAAUCACAUCUACUCAACUCCAUAUCAUCCACAAACGAACGGAAUAGUUAAGAGAUUCAACGCUACAUUCGUGCCGCAAUUAGCCAAAUUGCAAGAUUCUGAAGGUAAUAAUUGGGACGAAUAUCUACAAGCAGUUGUUUUUGCUUAUAACUCUGGCAUUCAUAAAACAACAAAAUAUUCUCCAUAUGAAUUAUUAUUUGGAAGAUCAGCAAAGUUACCGAUUGAUCCACGGCCAACUCAAUUUUCAUCUCAAAAAUCCAGCGACUAUUUCAUUCAACUACAAAAAACGUUGAAUAUUUAUCCCAAAAAUGCAAAACAGCAUAUUAUUCAUCAACAAGAAUUGAAUAAGCAAAGAUAUGAUAAGAAUCGUCCAGAUUCACAUUAUCAGGAAGGCGACGUUGUAUUGCUAAGAGUCUUUGUUUAUGGACGUAAACUCUCAGAAAAAUAUUUAUCAACACCACAAAUUAUUGUAAAAUGCCAUUAUCCUACUUAUAUCCUGCGAGAUCAGGAAACUAACGUGGAAACGCGAGUACAUGUCGGUGACUCGAGGCCGAUUCUACUCGGUUAUUAA